GCCUGCCUCGCCAACAAACACACACCAGCACCAUAGUGAUUCUUCCUGUAAUUAACGUCACCCGUGACAUCAUUCUCCCGACAAGCUGCGGAUGAACCAGCCCCACACGUGACAGCGUCCCCCUGCAGAGGCUCAGUCCCCAGACCUCCCCCCGGCCUCCCCAUUUUCUUAUAUUAGUAAGCCCCUUUUCUCCUUCUAAUACUUUUCCUCUCCCGCUCUCUCAACAUCCCCAAACCUCUCUCCUCGCUCUCGCUCUCCAACAUCAAAGCCUUCACUUUCUCGGUUGACCUCCAAAUUACUCAGGCUGAAAGCGUCACGGACAGAAUGACAGGGUUGAAAGAGGCAGAGCCAGAUAAGUACAGCGUGAUUAAUUUCGAGGAGACCGAGUUACGACUCGGACUGCCCGGUGCUUCCUCUGCAGCCGCCUCCGACUCCGAGCCUGCACUCAAAAGUACCAGGUGCGCUGGCGGCAAGAGAUGCUUCUCCGACACCGCUGUGGAUUUGAAGCUCAAUCUGUCUUCCAACAGUGCUACCCAGUCAACCCACAAGCCAACCGACAACACCGCUGCUGCUUCUCCCUCUAACGAUCCUGCGAAGCCACCCGCUAAGGCGCAAGUAGUGGGUUGGCCACCGGUGCGAUCGUCCAGGAAGAACAUCGGGGCAUCGCAGAGCCAGAAGAAUCACAAGGAAGAAGGCGCUACGUUCGUGAAGGUGAGCAUGGACGGCGCGCCUUAUCUGCGCAAGGUGGACUUGAAACAGUACCAGAGCUACCAACAGCUGUCAGGGGCCCUUGCUAAAAUGUUCAGCUCCUUCACCAACGCCAACUAUGGCCCCCCUCAAGCCUCCAACCACUUCCUCUGCGAGAGCAAACUGAUCGAUCUCCUCAACGGCUCCGACUACGUCCCCACUUACGAAGACAAGGACGGAGAUUGGAUGCUCGUCGGCGACGUCCCCUGGGAAAUGUUCGUGGAAUCCUGCAAACGCCUGCGCAUCAUGAAAGGAUCCGACGCAAUUGGGCUAGCGCCGAGGGCAGUGGAAAAGUGCAAGAACAGAAGCUGAGCUCAAAUUUUGAUAUUUCAAACAUCUGCCCUGCUGGGUUGCUCACCGGCGCCAAACUGGCUCCACAUCUAUAUCGAAUCUGCGCACGAGAGCCUGGAUGAUAUGUCUGUGCAAUGUCUGUUUUGUUUUUGGGUUUAAUUUUCUUAUAUAUGUAAUAUAUAUGAGAAAAUAGUUCGAAAUUUGUGAGGGACAUACGGUAAAUUAAUAUAGAUGUUCAUAUAUAUGUGUGCGCCCCCUCCUCCCUCUUUUCAGUGAUUAAAAAAAAGAAAGAAAGUGACUUGGUCUCUGUUUACUGGGUGUAGCAAAUAGGCCAUGUGCCCUUGCCUGCUAAACAAUAUAAUGAGUGAGGGGAUUGGUGACGGGAGGCAAAAACAUAUGAUUCUAUGAACAAAAUGAUAGGGUGGACCCAUUCCCCAUGUGCUUCCUGCCUUGUUAGGGCUC